UGCUGUACGUAAAUGCUGACAGGACCUUUUGUGUUUUUCCACACCACAAUUCCACACGUCCUACUUUAGAAACUCUGCCAAAGCAUCGUGAUUGUGGGGCACGAGUGGGGUGAAGUAAAUGUGCUAGAAUACAGCGCAAGUAUACCGCCAGACAUGGCUAUGGUACAUUCCGGGAACGAUAGAAGUUCGCAGGCGACUCUGGCCAUGGGAGGCCUGUGAUGAUAUCUAUAUUUACCCUUUUAAUGACUGCACUGGCAAGGCUUUCUAAUACUCGUAGACCAAGAGAUCCAAGCUGUGCCACAUCACUACAUAUUCCGCGUUGGCAAGAUUUCCCUUCUUUCCAUAUCUUUCCACCUCUCACGCCUGCUUUCUACUAGUCAUGAACAACGACAUCACCCCUACACUUGAUUGUCGAAGAGUCACUAUGGAACUCACUGAACGUCUUUGCUCUCAAAAACAUGUUCGAGAUGGUAUCAAUGACCUCCUGAAAUUCAGCCGCUCGGAAGAUUCAGAAUUUCGGCGCUACGGUCGAAAGAUUAUCGCCCUGACUGAGGUCGCACGCAGCACUCUUACACGUGUAGGAGUGAAAUUAUACCUGUUCGUUGUUUGUCCACAGACCUUGCUGCCAUUGAAGUCGGCGUACUUCAAAAUGCUGAUUUUAAUCAGACGCCGCAAACACGCCUUUCCUUUGGAACUGGAUGAAAGAAUAAAUCGGCUCUUGCUUCCUCUAUACACUCAUCUCGUCAUAUAUUACGGGGGAGUUGACACCCGUGCCCAACUGGGCAUCAAAGAAUUACUUGUCGCCCCGAACGCACCAGCCGCAGGAAAAAGGACCUGCCUGCCUGCUACUGCUAUCUCAUCAGUGUCAAAACCAGACGCGGCAGAGGUUAUGCCACCACCGGAUGCUUUCGCAAAAAAAAGAGCAAGAGUCAACCGGCUCGGAGAAUUUAUAAAGCAGCAAUCUACGAAGGAGUCACACGCACGAAAACAUCUAGUGCCUAAGCAAUACCCAACAGGUGACCCGGGUGACAACGGAGCAAAACCUGUAGUGUCUAAGGAAUACCCAGCGGUUGACAUCAAACCGGACGACAACGAGGGACCUUCUCUCCCUCGAAGGGUGUUCACUCGAACGAAUAUCAAAUAUUUCGGCAUUUUUUGCACUGGGAAGCAGCCAGUUGCUUCUGCCAGGACUGUUUGCAUUGACUAAUAUAUCUCGCAUCGUACUUCAUCAAAACUCUCAUCGUCUCUCCGAUACUUGUCGUCUUAUGAAUAGGGAAUCUAUCUACCUGUAUUACAACUAACAACAUUCACACAUUUUGUUACUGGCUGUCCUUCAAGGAUUAUAUUUGUGAUAAUACAUCCAUUGCUGCAUCAUCAUUUUAGUUCACG